AACACAUAAAUGGCUCGCCUGUGUAACGUCUUCUAGUUUAGCUCCGUUUAGGUAAUUUGUAUAAGUCCCAAUAACGACAUUUGUCAGUUAAUCAUUUUCGAUAAAGAAUCUUGCUCUUAACCUUUUCGCAAUGGAGGAUAAGAAAGAAAAUCAAACUACACCGACGGAGAUCAGCAGCGAUUUUGUCGAGGACCUACUCAGUCCGCAGAUUGAUCUGGAGAAUGCCCUGGUGGACUGCUCCGCUGGUCUGGAGUUAUUCCUCAACAACCGCUUCUCUGAUGCGCUUGCUCAUCUAAAACCAUGGAAGGCCAAGAGUAUGUACCAUGCCAUGGGCUACAGCAGUAUGCUGGUGAUGCAGGCAGGCAUGACUUUUGACCCGAAAGAUGUAGAAGCAGCCAUGACUUCAUUGAGGGAGUCUCUAGAGACAUGCCAGAGCUUUCGUAAAAAGAGUGGAUUAUUGGAGACCAUAACGAACUUGUGGUACCGGCAAUCUUCUGACAAUCUGACAGAAGAGGAGAUGCAUGCUGAGCUCUGCUAUGCCGAGGUCCUUCUUCAGAAAGCCUCGCUGACCUUCAUGGACGAGAGCAUCAUGGGCUUUAUCAAAGGAGGGAUGAGGAUACGAAACAGUUAUCAAAUCUUCAAGGACUGUCAAGUGAUUGCAAACAAAAUGGAUGAAGAGAUGCAGCAGAAAGCCACACACGUUCACUUCAGAUGUGGUGUCAACAUGGGAAUCGGAUCGUUCAACCUGAUGCUGUCUCUGCUCCCAACACGAGUCCUCAGACUGAUGGAAUUCCUUGGCUUCUCUGGAGACAGGGAUGUGGGUCUCUCGGAGCUGAGAGCUGGCGUCGCCACAAAUGGCCUGCGCUCCAUCCUCAGUAUGCUCACACUGUUGAUGUACCAUCUCUACAUCACUGUCAUACUCGGCACAGGUGAGGUGGACUUGACAGAAGCUGAGAACCUGCUGGAACCUUAUAUUAAAAAGUUUCCCAAUGGAGCUCUGAUUCUCUUCUACACUGCCAGGAUUGCUUUGCUCAAGGGAAACUUCACAUUUGCUAGGGAGAAGUACCUGGCCUGCAUCGCGGCCCAGCAGGAGUGGCGCCAGAUACACCACCUCUGCUACUGGGAGCUCAUGUGGGCCCAUUCCUUUGAACAGGAAUGGAAGAAAGCCUACCAUUACGCUGACCUGCUCUCCAAGGAAAGCAAGUGGUCCCAGUCCACUUAUAUGUACCAGAAAGCUGCCCUCUUGAGCAUGCUCCCAGACGCAGAAGUGGAGGCCAUGGGACAAAAUGCAGAAGACUUGUUCAAACAGGUGGAAGGCCUCCGCCUCAGGAUUGCUGGGAAGUCGGUCCCAACAGAGAAGUUUGCUGCCAAGAAGGCCCAGAGAUGCUUAUCCUCCAGGCCUACAAAACCAGUCCUCCCUGCAUUGGAAAUGAUGUACGUGUGGAACGGCUUCACAAUAGUAGGAAAGAGACCAGAGCUGACAUACAGCAUAUUGUCCACCAUACAGAAGGCCGAGGACCAACUCGCAAGUUCUGCAAGCCAGUCUGAUCAUCAUGUAGACGACCAGUGUGUGGUCCAGCUCCUAAAGGGCCUGUGUCUCAGACAGCUGGGCAGUCUCGAUGAGGCGGAGGGCUGCUUCAACCACGUCAUCUCCAGUGAACAACAGAUCAAGUAUGAUGACUACCUGGUGCCCUUCACCAUGUACGAGCUGGGCCUGAUUUACAAGCAGAGGGGGGAUACCCACAAGGCAGUAGAACUCCUGGAGAAAAUCAAAGUCACCUACAAGGACUACAGCAUGGAGUCUAGGCUUCACUUCCGCAUCCAUGCAGCACUCAACACCAUGGGCACUUUCCCAAACAAGCCUUACCCCUCACGCAUCCAAGCCUAAGGAAAACCGUUGGAGUCUGGAACUCUCAACGUUUAUGAGACUGGAAACACACACACA